AUGGCAACAGCUUCAAAUAUUGAAUCUCAAGGGAGGGCUCUUCUUCAAUGGAAGGCCACCCUUGAAACACAUGACCUUCUUCACACUUGGACUUCAAAGACCAGUCCAUGCAACUGGACUGGAAUCACUUGCAGAUAUAAUGGCCAUCGCAGAGCAACCAUCACCAGGAUCCAGUUGAAACAGUUGGGACUAGAAGGGAAGCUUGAGAUUCUCAACUUCUCAGCUCUGCCAUCACUCAGAGUUCUCAACCUCAGUGACAAUCAUGUACAUGGAUCCAUCCCUGCAGCCAUUUCAGCUCUCUCCAUGAUCACCAUCCUUGAUCUCUCUACCAACAAUCUUACAGGCAUUGUCCCAUCGAAGCUUGGUAAUUUGACAAGGCUCCGCACCAUGUGGCUCCACGAAAAUCAGAUAAGUGGCUCUAUACCUCCUUCUUUUGGAAAGCUUUUGAACCUGAAUUCCUUAGCCAUCUCCAAAAAUUUCUUAGUUGGUUCCAUUCCUCCGGUGCUUGGAAACUUGACCAAACUCAAGUUUUUAUACUUGGGGAGAAAUAACCUCAUUGGCUCUAUUCCAUAUGCGAUUGGGAAUCUAGUGAACAUGAUUGAUUUUCAAAUAUCUUCCAACCAAAUAACUGGUCCCAUCCCAUAUAGUAUUGGAAACCUGACCAAGCUUCAAAUUUGUUACCUACAUAAUAAUAAUAUAAAUGGUUCCAUUCCUUAUAAGAUUGGGAAUCUAGUAAACUUGAGAGAUUUUGAAAUAACUAAUAACCAAAUAACCGGUCCCAUCCCAUAUAGCAUUGGAAACCUGACUAAGCUUCAAAAAUUUUACCUACAUAACAAUACCAUAAAUGGCUCCAUUCCUAAUGAGAUUGGGAACCUAGUAAACUUGAGAAAUUUUGAAAUACCUUAUAAUCAAAUAACAGGUCUCAUCCCUCAAAGCAUUGGAAACUUAACCAAGCUUCAAACUUUCUACAUAGAAAGCAAUAACAUAAAUGGCCUUAUUCCUUGUGAAAUUGGGAAUUUAGUGAACUUAACAGAUUUUGAUAUAUCAUUCAAUCAAAUAACUGGUAGCAUCCCACAUAGCAUAGGAAAUAUGACAAAACUUAGAACUUGUUACCUAUAUAUAAAUAACAUAAAAGGCACCAUCCCUCCUUCCCUUGGAAGUUUGAAAGGACUCACUGAGUUAACUUUAGCCAACAAUCAUCUAUUUGGUUUAUUGCCCAUUGAAAUGGCAAACCUUACAAAUCUAAUUAUUCUCGAUCUAUUUAACAAUAGCUUUCUUGGUACUAUACAACCAGAUUUUGCAAAAGGAGGUUUACUUCAAUAUAUUGGUUUGGGACACAAUUACUUUCAAGGUUCUAUUCCAAUGAGUUUGAAAAAUUCAACAAACUUAGUAAGGGUCCGGCUUGAUAAGAACCAAUUCACUGGAGAUGUCUCUCAAAGCUUUGGUGUUCAUCCAUAUUUGGUUUAUGUUGAUCUAAGCUUUAACAGAUUGUCUGGCACUUUAUCACCGUCUUGGGGAGCAUGCCUCAACUUGACAAGCUUUAAAAUAUCAAGCAAUAGAAUCAGCGGACAAAUACCACGGGAAAUCAUUCAAUUGCCAAUGUUACAAAUGCUUGACAUCUCUUCCAACAAUUUUGUGGGAAAAAUUCCAAGGGAGUUGGGUAAGUCAUCUUAUAUGUUUCACUUGAACAUAAGCAACAAUCAUCUCACGGGAGCUAUACCACCAGAAUUUGGGGAUCUAUCUUUCAUUAGAAAGUUCUAG